AUGAGGAGGGAGAACCAUAGCAGUGUGUCUGAGUUCCUCCUGGGGCUCCCCAUCCAUCCAGAGCAGCUGGGCGAGUUCUUUGCCCUGUUCCUGGCCAUUGAUGUCAGGUAUGUGGCCACUUGUCAGCCUCUCUACUACAGAACCAUCAUGAGGGAGGGUUUUUUUUUAAUUUUGCUGAUUGGAUCCUGGUUCUUUUUCUUGUGUCCAUGUGUUGUUGCACUCUCCUUCUGUCCCACCUGUCCUUCUGUGCUGACAGUAGCAUCCCCCUUCUUUUGCAAAUUUACUGCACUCUUGAAGAUGACCUGCUCAGACACCUCCCUCAAUGAGUUAGUUAUCUUCAUCAAGGAAGUCCUCCUUACCUUCUCACCACUGAGUGCUAUUUUGGGCUCAUAUGUCCACAUCAGAGCUAGCAUUCUGAGGGUCCCCUCCAUCAAGAUAAUCUGCAAAACCUUGUCCACCUGUGGCUUCCACUUAUUUGUGGUGUUUUUUUACUAUGGGACUCUUGCUGUGACUUACCUAUUCCCUUCAUCAUACAAUUCCAAAGUCAAAGGCAGUACUGAUUCAGUUAUUUAUACUGUGGUGGCACCCAUGUUAAACCUCUUGAUCUAUAGCCUAAGGAUCAGAGACAUGAAAUUGGCUGGGGGAUACUUCAUAGGAGGGAAAUUAUUUUUGGCAAGUAAGAGCAGUUUUUCUUUUGGCAAGUAA